AUGCCACGUCGUCAAAGUAAUGCUCCAUCGCAGCCAGUUGUUGCUACGAUUGAUAUUGGUACAACUUCAGCAAGAGCUAUUUUGUUUAAUCAAGGAGGUGUUGAAGUAGCCAAACAUCAAAUCGAAUACUCCACCACGGCAUCGGAAGCUCCAGCGGAGUCGGAGAAUAAGGAACAGUUUAGAAGAAGAUCGUCGCUUAUGAGACACAAUGCGCCUAUUUUCACUGCUGAAGGUAUUGCCAUUUCUAUAACAGACGAUGUCGAAAUCGAAAAUAAUUCUGCAAGUGUUGGUCCUACGUUGAGAUUUCCACAGCCCGGAUGGGUUGAGUGUAUGCCAGUUCAUAUUUUGGCGAAUGCUGUUCAGUGUUUGAUAGCUUGUUUGAUUACGUUGAGAAAAAUCAAUCAGAAUCCGGAGUUGAAAAUCAAGUAUAAGGUCAAGGCUAUUGGUAUUGCUAACAUGAGAGAAACAACGAUUGUGUGGUCUCGUAAAACCGGUAAGCCUUUGAGUAAUGGUAUCACAUGGACUGAUACAAGAACUGCAGAAAUUGUGCAGCACUUGGAAAGGACAAUUGACGAUGAAAGAAAAGAAGAAUUAAAGCAAAAGACCGGGUUGCCAUUAUCCACCUAUUUUUCUGCCGCCAAAUUGCGUUGGUUAAUAGAUAAUGACGAUACCAUAAAGGAGGAAUACGAGAAGGGUGAUGGUAACUUAAUGUUUGGUACGGUUGAUACGUGGUUGAUUUAUCACUUAACCAAGGAAAGAUCCUUUGUAUCCGACGUUACCAAUGCAUCUAGAACUUAUUUUAUGGACUUAGAAACAAGAGAUUAUGACGAUGAUUUAUUAGAUUUUUGGGGUAUUGAUCCUACGAGGGUAGCGUUACCAAAGAUUGUAUCUAGUUCGGAAUUCUACGGAUCAUUUGCGGCUCCAAAUUUAUCUAACUUAGGUUUCCACAAUAAGAUCACUCCAGAAGCAUACGAAAUAUUGAAAACUAUUACCGGCAUUCCCAUUUGUGGGUGUCUUGGUGACCAGUCAGCUUCAUUAGUUGGCCAAUUAGCAUUUAAGCCUGGUUCUGCUAAAUGUACUUAUGGUACUGGUUGUUUCUUGUUGUAUAAUACCGGUAAUCGUAAGUUAAUCUCUGAACAUGGCACAGUAACAACGAUAGGCUUUUGGUUCCCUAACUUAAAGGACGAGGACGCCAAUCCACAUUAUGCAUUAGAAGGUUCAAUUGCUGUUGCAGGUUCAAUUAUUCAAUGGUUAAGAGAUAAUUUGAAGUUGAUAGAACACGCGAGAGAUGUUGGACCUUUGGCCUCCCAAGUUGAUAAUGCAGGUGGAGUUGUAUUUAUCCCAGCUUUCUCAGGUUUAUAUGCUCCAUACUGGGAUGGUGGCGCUAGAGGUACAAUUUUUGGUAUGACACAAUAUACCUCUUCAUCUCAUAUAGCAAGAGCUGCAUUAGAAGGUGUCUGUUAUCAAGUUAGGGCUAUCUUGAGAGCCAUGGCUAAUGAUGCGGGCGCAAGUGAAGAUUUUUUGGAAGAAGCGUUAAAUAGGCAAAAUGAGAAAAAGCCAUUAUCUGCAUUAUCUGUUGAUGGUGGUAUGUCAAAGGCUGAUGAGGUGUUGCAAAUUCAAGCGGACAUUUUAGGACCAUGUGUAACUGUCAAAAGGGCAAAUAUAUCUGAAUGUACAGCAUUGGGUGCAGCGAUUGCAGCCGGCUUAUCAUUCAAAGAUGAAGAAGAAAGAGUUUGGAAAGAUUUCGAUGAUAUUUAUGAAAAGAUUAAUGGAACGGAUGAUGAGAAGAAUAAUUUCAAAGCGAAAUUGCCUGAUUCCGAUAGAAGAAAGUAUUGGAAGAGGUGGGAGAAAGCAAUCGAUAGAGCUAAAGGUUGGUUAGAUGAAGAUAAUUAG